AUGGCCGAGUUGGGCCAAGCAUCUAGAAAAAGGAGCCGCGAAGAAGAAGAAGCUGCUGCUGACUGGAUAAGCCAUCUUCCAGACUCCAUCAUUCAUCACAUCCUUUCGUUGCUCGACGACACCAAAUCCGCUGUACGGACCUGCGUCCUGUCCCCAAUCUGGCAAACCGCCUGGCUACAUGUCCCCAUCCUCGAUCUCCGUCGGAGCUCCUUCCAGAAUUACUCGAGCUUCUGCAGGUGCGUCGACCAAGUCCUGUCUCGCCGCAAUCCCUACAUUGAUGCCCGGAAGAUCAGCUACACCGACAAGGAGAGGUACGAGAGCAGAGACCGUCGAUUGCUGAUUAGGGUUAUUCAGUACGCGGCUUCCCAUGGUACCCAACAUCUGGUGAUUGACGUGGAUACGGUGUUGGUAUCCGAGCUGCAAGUUGUUAAGAUCGUGAAGGCCAAUUGGGGUCCCUGCGCUGAAGCCAUUAUUGGUCACAUCCUUUCGUUUCUCGACACCAAGUCUGCUGUUCAAACCUCUGUACUGUCGCGAGCAUUGCAAAGUGCUUGGAAGCAAGUUCCUGUCAUUAACCUCCAUAGCAAUUCCUUCAAAGAGUAUCGGAAUUUCCGAAGCUUUGUGUCCAAGGUUUUGUCCCUCCGCUGCAAUGUCAAUGUCCAGAAGCUGAGGUAUAUCGACCACGAUCAUAGUUACGAGGAUCGAGAUGUUAGUCUGUUUGUCGAGGUCAUCAAGUAUGCUCUAUCUCAUAAUACUCAACAUCUGGUGAUUGACCUCGAGAAUGGAACGGACUAUUAUCAAGAUUGUUACAAGUACUCCGACUUGUUUGGGUCAGUUCUGGAUUCCAAUCUCACAACUCUAGAAUUAAGAUCUGUCAUUGUGGAUAGUGGAUUUAGAUCUUCUGGUUUUCGGGUACUAACAACUUUAUGGCUGCGCGGGUGCCUGUUGGUUUCUGAUUCGGAGGAGGACAUUGAUCUUUUUUCUAAUUUACCCUGCCUGGAGAAUUUGGUACUGAGGCAUUGCCCUCUUGAUCAUCCCUAUCCAAUUGCGGAUGAAAGGAUUGUGAAGAUAACUGGACCUGAAUUGCUUAGCCUGAAAGUGGAUGACUCGUGGUUUCCAAAGAUUGAAAUAACUGCACCAAAGCUCCAAUUCUUCAUUUUUUGGCAUGACUCGCACCUCCAAAAAUUCUCCAAGUUAAGCCUUCCUUCCGUGGUUCACGCUGAUAUUAACGACUGUAUUGGUGGGUCCGGGGAAGAACAGAUGGCGCUAGAGUUGAUCUCCUUGUUCCAAGGUGUGAGUAAUGCAAAAUCACUAGUGCUGGACGCCGAUGGCAUUGAGGAAUUGAACAAAAUUUUUGAGUUUUUGGAAAAACACCCCUCCCCCUUUACGAGGUUGGAGUCAUUGAUCGUGGACAGCGACACCACGGCCAUGUCCAUACCCUUGAAAUUGGUCAAUUACUUGUUCAAAAGAAGUUCUUGCACAGAUCCGAAGAUCGAGUUUGCAUAGCGUUAGAAUCGACGAUCUUGCAGUAGUUUCUUGCUUAACGCAGUGAGUUGAUUGUUGUUGUUGUUGUCUUUCUUUUUCGGAACUGUUUGGAACAAUCUAUUCUCCUCCCUCUUUUGUUAUUCCUUCUGACUUCUGAGAGAUUGUUCUGAAUUACUU